CCAACAAAUGCUACAACAACCACAACAGCAGCACAACCAACAAAUGCUACAACAACCACAACAGCAGCACAACCAACAAAUGCUACAACAACCACAACAGCAGCACAACCAACAAAUGCUACUAUCACCACAACUCUUACUACAACCACUACAACACCACAACCACCAACCACUACAGCCACAACAACAGCAGUAACAGCAACAGUUGCACCAACUGUUGCGAUGAAUGUUGGCCUCCAGUAUCCUUAUGCUUCAGAACUUAGUGAUACAAACAGUAAAGAAUUUAAAGAGCUGGCUGUCACUGUGAUACAAGUGUUGGAAGUAAUCUAUAAAAAUAAAUAUGGAUCUAGGUUGAAGUUGAUCAUUAUCAUUGCCUUCAGACCUAUGACCAAACGUGCAGCUAAUAAUACGGAAGCAGAGGUCCAGCUGGUAUUCAAUGAGAACAGCACAAUACCCAUCCCAACUGGUGAAGACGUAGUGAGUGUUCUGAAAAAUAUUGCAGACAAUAACAACACAUUUGCUGUGACAUUUGAUCCCAAUGCAGUCACUCUCCUCAAUCAGCCAUACAGUGUCGGUGUGCGAUUCCGUACAAAUGGCACUUUUGUAAAUGACUUCUCAAAAAUAGGUUCAGAUUUAUUCACAAACAGAACAAUCAUGAUUAAAAACGGACUUACCCCAUAUUUCAUUGCUGACUUCCGUACUACAUUCAGCAUCUUAACCAUGUCAAACUACAGCAACGGAACUGAUCGUUCUUUAAGAGCAGCUAACGAUUCAAUUCUAAACUUUAUGGACUUGGCUUUUGCCAGAUCAGGUGGAAAUCCUAACAUUACCCAAAUUGCGCAAACUAUAAUUCGAGCAGCCAAAAAUGACAGCCUUCCAUUCAAGAUCUACCUCACGGAUAUCAUAGUGAAUGGCACGGUAUUUUCAUCGAGCGAUGUCAGCAGCAAGAUCAGUGUGCUCAUGGCGUGUUUCAUGGUGGCUGUGUCGCUUCUGUUCACAAGGUUCAGCUGAUGCUAAACCACAUCCUCUUCUCAUGAGAACCUCCUCUCCUCUCAAUGAGAACCGUCACCAGGUUUUAUGUUCUAUGCAAUAUAUAUGACACAAUUAGUCACCAUGCUUAUAUUAUAGGGUUUGGUUAGUACUUAUAUUAAGAAUUUCUAUAGUUGGUGAUGGGCAUUUUCUAAAUAAUUCUAUUCUAUCCUGCCGGCAAACAUGAAGGAAUUUCUUUGUCAUGCAAAAACAUGAAAAGCUAAAAUGGCAACAACACUAUUACGAUUUGUGUAGUAUUUUAGACUUAAUUUAUCAUUAUUUUUUUUUGUCCUUCAUGCCAUUAAAUAUACUGUAUCUGAAAUACGUGUUACAGGUUUUUGCAAGCUAGUAUUUUAAAUUUAAAUUAAUCACAUAAUACUGUUUCCUGUUAAACACAGGAUGCCUACAAUAGCUCAUUUGAAUACCGGUCUAUCAGUGUUUAAUCUGGCAUGCUUCCCAGCAAAUAAAAAAUUGUAUUUUCACAUGUUCUGUAAAGCAGCAGCUAAUAGACUUAAACUGUUAUUAUUUAUGUCUGAAUUAUCUGAACUUAUGCACUUUUUUGUUCAUGAUUUAUUCUCUAAUGCACUCAGCACUAUGUAUUUAUUUACUAAAUUCAGUAUCUAGCUCCAAGAACAAUGUAUUUAUUGAGAUAUUUAAAAUAUUAAACUAUGUGUAUGCUAUAAUAUGCAUUAAUUGUAAAACUUCAUAUUUAUAAAUGUACAACUCAGUGUUCAAUAAACUUAUGGGA